AUGGUCGAUACGCCCCGUCGAGUCCGUGCCAUCUACGCGCGUCCUCUCAAUCGUAGAGACCGCGUCGAACAAUUUCGUGGAUUGGAACAUAUGCAGCGAUUGAAGGCGCAUGAGUUCGCGUUCGGCAUACUGCGCUCUUGUGUAGACGACGAGCCGUCUUCAGAGAUCGUUCGGCACCACCUGCAGUAUUAUCACGACGAGUUCCAAUUACUCGGGACGCCUCCCAAGGCUUACCUACGGUCCGUUUUCGCCCCUUGCGGUGUUCAUCUGGGACGCCAAGGAAACGAGAAUACGAUCGCCGAUGUCUUUGGUGCGUUAUACCGAUUUUGGGCUUAUCAACGUGAUCAAGGGCAGCCGCAUAUCGAAAACGCUUCGGAGGAUCUUCCACCUUUAGCCGACCACAAUACGUUGGCACGCGCGAUAACAGUUGCUCCAGCCUAUGGCGGGUCUGACGGUCUGCAGGUCGGGAAUCCUUGGUUCUUAGAUUGGCGGAACAGGCACCAGGAGGCCCAACUUCUGAUGCAUUCGGCCAAAGUCCCGAACUGCGUGGCUACCUUUGAGUGCGCGCCAGUCAUCGAUUACCAUAUGGCCAACUACCAUCGUCUCCGUCUGACAUGCGGGGUGAGCACGCACGGAUAUCUGGAACAUGUCAUGAAACUGGGAGGGAUGUCGUUCCCUGAGUGCGAUCAGUUCGUCAACGAGAAUUUCGCUUCACUGUAUGCAAGGUGGGCAGGCGUCAGCAUGACCGCACUUGAGUCGCCCACGAACGUGACAGGUGGACUGUCGCUCCCGCACGCCGUUGAUACGGAACAUCUGUUGAAUCGGCGAGGUCGCGGAGAGGGACCAUGCUACUGGGGUGAUGAUCCAUCGCCGCUUGACGAGGAGAUCGAUGAGGUGCUAGAGAUAGAAGAACUCCUUGAUGUCAGCCGGUACCGCAUCAUCUAG